UCUCGUGCACCGAGGACCGAGACGCGAGACACUUUUUCUUUUUGGGCUUUUUUGGCCGAAAGGCUUGAGGCAGAAUAGAGAAUGGGGAUUGAAUUUUUAGGUUAUGUUUUAUGUGAACAUUUUUGGAUUAGAUCUUUUAAAACUAAUGAUAUAAGUAAGUUAUCGACUUUUUCCAGUCUCUGGAAGAAUCAAAUGGAAUCUCUACAGGCCUUGCAGCCUUCCCAAAGCAAUUUGAGAAACGUAGGCUAAGUGAUGUGGUUGGAGAAGGUAGCCUAAAUGGAUUGUUCCUGGCUAAUGGGUUAUGAUUGUAAUGAAGAUGCAGGAUCUGAGUCCGACCCCGAGCAGACCCAAGAUGAGUUAGAAUCACGGCUGUAUUCAAUUAUACACCACAGUGACUUGAGCCAACCCCUACCACCAGAUCUGGCCAAGCAUUACUCAAUAGAGUGUGGGGAAGACGGUAAACUGACAGUUGCAUUGAAUAAUUCAUUGGAAAACCUCAAAUCAGAAGAGAUAAAAGUAGUAGAACAACUCGCUAACGACUCUGGGUGUGAUAAUGAUGUUGCUCAAAGGGCAGAAGAUGAUCAUUCAUCAGAAAAAGAUGAAAUUCUUGUGAUUUCUGAUGAUAGAUUGACUACUGGACAAAGCUCAUUCAAAAGAUUCAGAUAUAGUGAUGUAAAUAUUGACGCUUUGGAUGUUUCAACAGAGAAAAUCACAACUUCCUUCAAUCGUGAAAGAGGAACAUACGACUCUGUAUACUCCAACAUUGACUUUUCUGAUUUAAAUUAUUUUAAAGUUCCAAAAAAUUUCUUUAGACGGAAAGAUAUGAGGCAGUUGAAACAUGUGGUUAUACCCAAUUCAUUCAAAACAGACAAACCUCCUGAUUGGAAGGAUUCAGCUAAUGAAAGUUUUAUAUCUGUUGGAGCAAAUAAACCAGGGAGUAGAAAUUGUAUCAUAGAUCAAAUGUUUUGUGCCUUGAAAAAUGCAAAUCCAAAUGAAAAUAGAAAAGGAAAACUAUAUUAUAUUGCAAGAGCUUUAUAUGCUUACAAUGUGAAAAAAAUUACAAAACCUAAUACAUCUAGACAGUCAAGUUCAAAUCUAAGUAAUGGCACAUUAAACUUUUCUUGUGAAGAAGCAGGCCUUAUUGGCAAAUCAAAAAAUACUUGCACAAAGCAAUCAGAAGUUUUAAGUAGUGAAACUACUAACAACUUUGAUGGGAGUUUGUCUCUCAACAUCUCUCCCUUCAAACCUGUACCUCCAACAGUGGAUUUAAUUUCAGAAGAUGAGAAUGACGUUUCUGAGAAACAUUCCAUAACACCUAAACAAAAGUGGAGGUCUUUACCUAAAUGCGAAUUACCUACAAAGUGGAGUAAGAAAAUGAUCAAAUUUUAUACCAAACCUUCACAAACCAAAAUGGACACAGAACUUGAGGACAUUUUUGAGAAUUUGAAAAGAAAUUCAACAAUUGAUGAUUGGAAGUUAGAUCCAAGAGAUGAAAGAGGAUACUAUCUUCAAAGUACAACUAAAGGCAAAUAUAAAAACAGAAGAUGUCCUAAUUGUAACCAACGAGGUCACCUGAUGCACGAGUGUCCCAGCCCUCGCAAAGUAGCUACGUGUUAUCUUUGUGGUUUGAACUAUCACACUGCUUACUCAUGCCCCAACAAGAUAUGUCAGAAGUGCGGGGUCUAUAUCACAAGUGAAUCGCAAGAGUGCAAUGUUUGCUACUACAACACCUUUAACUAUGAUACUCCUUGCAAUAUUUGCGGCCAAGUGAAUCAUAGAACUGAUAUCUGUCCAGAUCUUUGGAGGAGCUUCCAUGCAACAGUGGAAGGUGAAAAAAAGGUGCCAAAGAAAAUAGUGGAAAAUAAACGUAAAUACUGUUGUAAUUGUGCCAACAAAGGUCACUUUUCUCACCAGUGUCCUUUCCCUUCCUAUGCAGGAGACAGUCUAAGUUCUUUUGUACAAAAUUACUCUGCUUCUUCAUUUGAAAAUGGAUCAACUGAAAUAGAAAUACCCAAGCACUUAUCUCAUAUUUUAGAGGAUGAUGACGCUAAUAGGUUUUUACAAAAUCUAUCAAACUCCACCAAUGCCGUUAUCAAUAUGAUUGAUGAAGGACCAAUAAAACUAGUCUUACAGAUUAGUGGUACUUUUGCACAGUGCAAUCAAGUUAGGGAUCAAGUUCAAGGGUAUAUCAACACAAAAAAAAGGAAACGAAUGGAACCUGGGGUCUACCACCAUAUAAAGAAAAGAAGAAGAAGAUUCAGAUAGUAAAACUUAAUUUUGUAUUUUUUUAUACAGUGUGACUUCAGUUGUUAAUAAAUGCAAGUGUAAAGA